AUGGGAGCUUCCGUUUCUAUCCCGCAAGGAAACUCCGAGUCUGUCCUUGAUGGCCCUGCCUUGACACCGCCGCCAGGGAUCAUACCCAACUUUGAUAAUCCGCCCAACUCAAACAUAAUGGCGCGCGCAAUAAUGUCAACAUGUUUGGCUAUUGCUUUGAUUUUCUUCAUGAUUAGAACAUAUAGCAUCUGGUUCGUGGCAAAGAAGCCUCGGAUAAGCGACUAUGCAAUGAUUCCAACAUUUAUCCUAUACGUCGCAUUUUUAGCCAUCUUCUUUGCCGGGGAAAAGUAUGGACACUUUGUUCACCAAUAUAAUGUCCGCUUGAAAGACCUGCCACAUAUACUCUACCUUUGGACUUGCAUCAUCACCCUGUACGCCGUCGAGCUCAUGAUGAUCAAGACGGUGAUUCUCCUCGAGUGGCUAUACCUCUUUUGUCCAACGGGGGCCAGAAACUCCUUCUGGUGGACCGCGCACGUGCUCAUGGCCGUCAAUAUCCUCUUCUACCUCGCGGCCAUUCUGGCGCUCCAUCUCAGCUGCUUCCCGCACGCGCGCAUCUGGGACAAGACGCUGCCCGGCACAUGCGUGGAUACCCGCGCCCUCGACGUGACUUCGGCGUUUGUCAAUGUUAUUGUCGACGUCGGGAUCCUGCUCCUACCGCAGCGGGUCAUUUGGAAGCUGAAAAUGACUAGGAGGAAAAGAAUCGGUGUAUCUGCCGUAUUUGGUCUGGGCAUUGUUGUUAUUGGUUUUGCUGGAACUCGUACCGUCUUUACCAUUCUUCACGCUGUGAGAAACUCGGAGACGGCUGAUUUUACCUGGAACUCAUCACUCCAGACCCUCCUGUUCACCGUCGAGAUGACGCUGGGCAUUGUCAUCUUUUGCCUGCCGGUAUGCCCCAAAGCGUUUGCCUCUUUUUCUUCCUCAUCACUACGUCCGUUGAGCUGGUUUGCCAGGUUGAGAUCGUCGGCGACGGCGGCAACGGCUGUAUUAUCCAAAGACGGAACCAGCGACAGCAACAACGCACCAACACGGCAUUGGCCUCACUCCUCGUGGGCCCCCGUUACCAACAAGAGGAAACCUUCUGCGGUACAGUACGGCGAGACAUUUGCUUCGCAUGAAGAUCAUGGCGAAUACGUGUCAGAGAUUUGGCUGAAAUCACGCCAUGACUCCUUUCAAUAUUUCCCAGAUGAGCAGCAUGUAAAGCCACAGUGGGCAAAUCUCGAUCCCAUCAACGAUGGGAGAGCAAACCAUGGGAUGACUGCUUAG